GCCGCGCGGGGGCAGCAGAACGCAGUGCGCGUGCGCAGAAACACAGAGAAGCAGCUUCAGGAAAUAAGACAUGUGUAGCUGCUGGAGAUGGUGAUGGUGGAGAAUUCUCCUUCUCCUCUGCCAGAAAGAGCCAUCUACGGCUUUGUGCUGUUCCUGGGCUCUCAGCUGGGCUUCUUGCUGUAUGUGGUCUGGGCGUUCGUUCCUGACUCUUGGCUCCAUGCAGCCGGUCUGACCUACUGGCCGCAGAAAUACUGGGCUCUGGCGGGCCCCAUAUACCUGCUGGUGGCCCUGAGCACCUGCUUCGUUCUGCUGUUUGGAGUGAAUAUGAUGAACACGGCUCCGCUGGCCUCGGUGGACAACAUCACAGAUGCGUAUGGCAGGAGUCAGCGGGUGGACGAGGACCAGCCGGGAGCGAUCCCCAGACUCAGAGACGUGUCGGUCAGUGAAAUGAGCCGGGCCUUUUACCUGUGAGCCGCCUCUGUCAUCAGCACUGGAGAGGCGUUUGCAGAGGCGUCUCAGGUGAGCAGAUCCAUCAGGUGUGUGUGACGGCCUGAACUCCAGCUUUCAGAUGACCCCGCCGUGACCCCAGCGACCCCUGUGAAGCCACACCUCAAAACAAAACUGCACUUCAGCAUUUCUCUCAGAGAUCCCUUACUCCCGCUGUGUGUGUGUGUGUGUGUGUGUGUGUGUGUGUGUGUCAGACGCUGACCUCACAGUGACCUGCAGUGAAACGGUCACGUCUCUAUCUGACCAUCACGUCCAUCAGUCUGCAGUGUGAGCGUAAACAGACUGCUGACGCUUCACCUGUGACCCCGCGACCCCUCACACACACACACACACAGCAUCUCCACAGUCAUCAGUGUGUCUCUGCAUCAUUCAGACAGCACAGGUCUUCAGUUUUCCCCUCAGUAAUUUCCUGUCAUCCUGUUUAGUGUCCACAGAUAAUCAAAUGUACAGAAGAGCUGUAAUAUGACCUCUGUUCAUGUGGUGUAAUGUAUAAUAAUUAUAUAAUGUCUGCUUCAGUGCUUCUGAUAACGUUGUAAAUACAGUUAUCAUUAGUGAAACAUCAUGCGGUGUGUAUGUUUGAUGUCAGAAUGGUUUGACAUGUAUUCUGAGCUGUCCUUAAUACAAUAAUUCACAGUGA